UUUGCAAUUAUAGAGCAUGUAAAAAAUUAGUACAAUUAAUAAAUAGGCAUUACAAAGGAACGCACUUUUUCACCUUAUAAACUAGGGUGAGAGAUAAUUUUAAAAAUUAGUACAUCACAUUAGAGGAAUACUAGUGAAUUUUUCUAGAUUUUUUAAGAAUUUUUGUGAGGCCUUAAAAAUUGCUAGAAGUUGCAAAAGUUGCACCAUUUGGGAAAUUUUAGUUUGAAUUCUACACAAGUUUUUUUAGGUGAAUCUAGUUAAAAUGAGUUUAUUAUGAAUUAUAGAGUAUGUACAAAAAUCGACAUAUUUUUUGUACUUUUUUAGCUCUCAGGUACUGUUCAUAGCAGGUCACCGCUGAAUAUGGGCCCGGGUGGCAAAUGGAAGAGUAAAUCUGAUAGGAUGACAUUUUAGAGUGCGCCAUCCGGUAGGAUGGCAAAUAGUUAAGGAGAAAUUGUUGUCAUACCAUCAAAACCGAACCGUGUUGCUCUUGUACCAUUAUUUUUUCCCCGAUUUCAGUUUUAACACUCGAUUUCUCUCCAUGCUUGCCUUGUCUAGCACUUCGUCAAAACUGCCUCUCGCGACCUGUUUUGACUCCCCGUUCAGAUCUGAGCUACUCUUCAACCUCUUGCUCCCCUUUGCUCUCCCCGCUAUGCUGCUCCCACUGCUCCGUGCGUCCCAGCCUCCCUCCUGGCACCCUGCUCUGCCCCUCUGCCCUGCUCUACUGCACUACUCUGCCCUCCCAUUGUAUCCAUGAAGCAAAGCACAAAAUCUGCCAGUAGUUGUUUGCAUAGGUUGGUGCUAGAGCUGCCACUCGUUCACUGCCCGUAUUGUGGGAUUCAGCUGCUGGAGGCCAAGUCUCGCAGCAUGGAGAACUCAGGUCGGAUUUACUACAAAUGCAAGAACAACCAGCAGGUAAUUUGUAGAUGUAAAUUCUUCCGAUGGAAGGAGGAUUAUGAAGAAUACAUCAACAAGUUGCGUUGGUCUGGAGCGAUUGCAGCAACACAAGAGAAAGGAUGGCUUGUUCAUGAGGACAAAAUUGGUUGUCUUGAACAAGCAAAACCUAAAGGAAAGGGAAAACUGAAGGAAAGCAUCAACAAGAAUGGCAAUGCAAUUGAAAGGAUUGUUGUUGCACUAGAGAAGUUAGUUGUGCUGGUAGUCAUAUUGGUGUGUGUAUUGGUGUGCAAUGUGGCCGUGAAUGCCAGGAGCUAAUGUGAAUGUAAAUUGAUGCAUGUUUGUGCCAUAUGGCUAUAAUGAAUGGAAAUGCAUAUUUUUGUUUGAGACUUCUCAAAAUUGCUAGCAUUUGUAUGCAGUUGACAACAUACUUGAUGGAAGGUUAACUUAGCACACAAAACAUAAUUUAA